GUUCACUUCCACAGGCGCUAGCUGUGGUGCCACAACCAACAGGAGAGAAUAUAAAGGGCAGGCGUCAGAGCGGGACCCAAUCAGAGCGUAUCUUGCCAUCACGCCACCCUGCGGUGGGCCAAUGGGAACGCGGUAGGCUCUAUAAAAGUAGGCACCGCAGGAGGCUUGACUGCACUGAGGAAGAGGCAGAGCUAGCGAUAGCAGCUGUAACACUCGACGGCAUGGCUCGCACCAAGCAGACGGCGCGCAAGUCGACGGGCGGCAAGGCACCGCGCAAGCAGCUGGCCACCAAGGUGGCUCGCAAGAGUGCCCCGGCCACAGGCGGCGUGAAGAAGCCGCACCGCUACCGGCCCGGCACGGUGGCGCUGCGUGAGAUCCGCCGCUACCAGAAGUCCACGGAGCUGCUGAUCCGCAAGCUGCCGUUCCAGCGGCUGGUGCGAGAGAUCGCGCAGGACUUCAAGACCGACCUUCGCUUCCAGAGCUCGGCUGUGAUGGCACUGCAGGAGGCGUGCGAAGCCUACCUCGUGGGGCUCUUCGAGGACACCAACCUGUGCGCCAUCCACGCGAAGCGCGUCACCAUCAUGCCGAAGGACAUCCAGCUGGCACGCCGCAUUCGCGGGGAGCGGGCUUAGGCCCCUUGUGCGCCCUCUGACACCAGUAGUCACCACCCCAAAGGCUCUUUUCAGAGCCACCACCUGGUCAUAAAAGGGGCUGUAGCACGUGGGUUCCUGGGCUUCACUGGGGGACUCCUGCUGCCCUCGCUUCCCUGACUCAGGGAGGUCAGGAGGUUGGCGGAUCGAGUCUCGCCAGUCAGUCUAGCUCUAGUUAUGUCAGGCUGGAGGUCUGGCUACACCCUCCUGGAUACCAGCCCCUCCCCAGUCAGGUCGGGCCAGCCAGCGGUGCUCGGCCUCGCUCUAGGAGGAGGACCGCGAGUCUGCCUGAGUGUGUGUGUGUGUGUGUGUGUGUGAGAGAGAGAGAGAGAAAGAGAGAGAGAGUGCCUGUGAGCACACGCUAGAGCUCGGGCUGUUUAUUGUUAGGUUACGAGGCCAGCAAGUGCUGUGUGUGUUACCACCUUGGCCUAUUUUCAGCUAGAAGUACAGCUAGUUGUGUGUGUUAACCCAGCCUGUCUCCGAUUACCGUGGAAGUCCAGUGAGUCAUGUGUUAACUUGGCCUAUCACAUUAAAUUCACAGGAGGGCUAGGGGUGUAUGUGUGUCUGUCUGUGUCUGCAGCCUGGGGCUGGACACCUGCCCUGAGCUGGACCGUGAGCCCCUGGGCCUGAUCACGUCAGAUUAUCAGCUCAGGGUUUUGCCACAGGAAAGUCACACAGUGAUGAACACCCUUGCAUGGCACAUGGUGGGUGCUCCAGGUGUCCAUCAUCUGUUACAGGCUGCAUUUUGUGCCUCCAAAUUCAUACGUUGAAGUCAUAACCCCCAGGUUAUGACUGGGGGUCACCGAGCAUCUUAUGCAAAGACCACGGGAUGGCCCCGGGGAACAGGGCAGCUCAUGCCUGCUGGGGAGCCUGCGACUGGGGGCUGGCCGCUCACCAAGGGCUAUCCCUGAAGAAGGGUCAGACAGUCAGGCCAAUAGAAGGGUCCUAAGAUUCCUCCUGCCUCUCCAGUUGAGUUCUAGAAGCUUCCUGGUGUGCCCCAGUUGCUGGGCUGCUCAAGCUAGGAAUGUCCCACAGCCUCCCUGGAGCACCCUCAGUCCCAACACAGCACAGGGCUCUCCAGGAACGCCUGCUGUGGCCUCCCCCUCAGGGAUGGCCUGGCAGAGGGGUUCCCAUACCAUAGACCAAUUUUUCAAAGACUUUAUAUUUUAAGAUUAGAGUUAGGUACACAGCUAAAUUGAGUGGAAAGGAAUAGACAUUUCCCCUAUAGCCCGACCCCUACACACACAGCUUCCCCAUUAUCAACACCCGCCCCCCGCCAGGGGAGUCCAUUCGUUAUAAUCAAGGAACCUACAGUGACACGUCACUGUCACCCAGAGUCCACAGCUUACAUUGGGGUUCCCUCUUGGUGGUGUGCAUUCUAUGGGUUUGGACAAAGGUAUAAUGACCCAUAUCCACCAUUAUACUGUCCUGCAGAGGCGUCUCAUUGCCCUAAAAAUCCCCCGUGCUCUGCCUCUCUCCUCCUACCUCCUAACCCCUGGAAACCGCUGAUAUUCCCAACACUGUCUCCGUAGUUUUGCCUUUUCCAGAAUGUCCUGUAGUCGAAUCACACAGUAGGUAGCCUUUUCAGAUUGGCUUUUCUCACUUAGUAGUAAGCAUUUUAUGUUCCUUUGUGUCUUUUCAUGGCUUGAUAGCUCAUUUCUUUUUAGAACAGAAUCACAUUUCAUUGUCUAGAUGUAUUGCAGUUUAUUUAUCCAUUCACUUACUGAACGAGCUCUGGGCUGCUUCCAAGUAUUGGUGAUUAUUCAGAAAUCUUUUCAUUUCCUCACAAGAUUCUCCAUGUUUCAA